AUGCCAUUCUUCCAGCCAAAAGUCUCCCCUCUUCCAUCCAAUCUCAACCUCCAAGGCCAAACAGCCGUGAUCACUGGCGCCAGUGCUGGCCUCGGUCUCGAAACAGCCCGUCAACUCCUCAUCCUCAACUGCAAAACCGUCGUGCUUGCCGUCCGUAACCAAGCCAAAGGCGAAGCCUGCGCCGCUCAGCUCGCCCGCGACCUGAACCUCGACCCAGCCACGCAAACCAUCAAAGUCCUCACCCUCGACGUCUCCAGCACCACUAGCAUCACCUCCUUCGCGACAACUCUCCAGCAAACCGUUUCCCAAACCAAUAUCCUCAUACUCAAUGCCGGCAUCAGCCACUUUAAGUACGCCCUUAGUUCCACGGGUCACGAAAACGCCCUCCAGGUUAACUACCUCGCCAACGCCCUUCUCCUCGCUACCCUCCUGCCCUAUCUUUCCUCUUCUGCCACCAUUACUGUCCCAACCCGUGUCACCUGGCUUGGAUCGCGUUUGCACGAGUCUAUGACCAGCUUCGCCGCCCGGCCGCCGCCCUCUACAACCCCCGUGCUGGCUUACAUGGACGCGCCGAAGUCCCCGCUCGGCAUGUCCCGCUACGCCGAUACCAAGCUGCUGUGCGCGAUGUUCAUGUACACGCUAGCGCCGCGGCUGGACCCGCGCCGCAUCGUUCUGAACAUGGUGUGUCCAGGCAUGGUUGCGACGACGAUAAGCGAUUUCUUGCCGCUGUAUCUGCGGGCCCUGGUAGAUGUGGUCAAGGCAGUGCGGGCGCGGCCGGUGGAAGUUGGGGCGAGGCUGGUGGUGCACGCGGCUGUUGUGGCAGGGCCGGAGACACAUGGGCGGUUUUUGGGGGAUAAGGAGGUUUUGGAGGUGUCGAAGUAUAUCCAGUCGGAGGCAGGGCGUGAGAUACAGGCGAGGUUAUGGGCCGAGACGGUGGCGGAGAUGGAGACUUUGGUGGAGUUGCCGAAGGAGUUUAAAUGA